GACUUCUCGCAGAUCCAAGAUGGCGGACUGAGCAAUGAUGUGCCGAAGUUCACUUUUAACUGUAAACGCUGAAGCUUGUUAACCUCCGUUUCACUUGUCGGCUUGAUGUGUGUUGACAAGAAUUACUGAGGUCUUCCAUUUUUGGAUUAGAACGUUUUCAGAUCUGCAGUGUGUUCCAGGUGAUUUUUUAUGUGGAAUGUCCAGGCUAGGUGGCCUAGGGGGUCUCAGCCCCGAAACACAGACCACCAGCACAGACAGUUCCACUGCUGAGAGACUACACAUGCAUCUUCAGAUGGACACAUACUCAUAUAGAAACACCUGCAUAGCUGCUUGAAAAAGAGAACUGACCAAGCAGCAAAUCUGGACCUGAUAUUCAGGACCUAGCUGGCCCUCCAACAGAGGUCACCUGUGUUGUUGUUAGCUUUCAUUCAGCCAACUUCUAUUUCUUCCUCUUUGAUUCCCUAACCUUUUACAUACCAUCCACCAGAUAAUCAUCUAUCCUUUCCUCUGUCCCUCUUUCCAUUCAGUCACCAGUGAAUGUAUAUUGCACUGCAGAGCUUGAUGUGGAGAGCAGGUAAUGGAUGAUGCUGGCCAUGGUGACCUAGUGUAAAUGGCUAUUCCUCAGCACAGCUUAGUGCCAGUCUCUACUGCUCAAUUUUCCUCCUUCGCUCCCCUAUCCUCCUACCCCUUCUCCACCUCUCUGCUCUCCUUCCCUGUUCACUGCUGCUUCUUGCUGCCCAGUCCUGCCUCUCCCCUCCAACACCAUGGUAGUUGCAGGCUUGGGUGUUUGGAAGCUAAUGCGAGGUGUCCGUCAGCUGGAGCUUCACCGCCUCAUCCUGGCACUUAUCAUCUUCUGCUUACUGUCCAUGGCCUUCCUAGCUUACUACGUCUCCAACAGUCCCAAAAUCAAGGAGGCCCCCCCCUUACCCUUUAGUGACUGUGGUGGAGGAGGGGGGAUGUCACCAGGAGCGAGUACCGGGGCUGCCGGAGGAGGGCCAGGCGUCCAGAGGGCACCACUUUUCCUUCCUCCGCGCCAGGGCCGACUACGACAGGUGAAGGCGGUGGACAAUUCUAGGACGGAGCCAGUAGUUCUGGUGUUUGUAGAGAGCAUCUACUCCCAGCUGGGCCAGGAGAUUAUAGCCAUAUUAGAGUCUAGCCGUUUUCACUACCGGACGGAAAUUGCUCCUGGUAAAGGAGACAUGCCCACAUUGACGGAGCAUAACCGUGGACGCUACACACUGAUAAUCUAUGAAAAUGUGUUGAAAUAUGUCAAUCUGGAUGCAUGGAAUCGUGACUUGCUGGACAAGUACUGUGCCGAGUAUGGAGUGGGUGUCAUUGGCUUUUUUAGAGCUAAUGAAAACUCUCUUCUCAGUGCACAGCUCAAAGGUUUCCCCCUCUUUCUACACUCACACCUGGGACUCAGGGACUACCGCAUCAACCCCAAUGCUCCUCUACUCUACAUCACCAAGCCCAACCAGGUGGAGCAGGGCUCUUUACCAGGGGAUGACUGGACUAUUUUCCAGUCCAACCACUCUACCUAUGAACCAGUUCUUCUGGCCAGCACCAAGUCUGCUGAAGCACUGGCACAUUUUGGACCCAGCCCCUUGCGGGCUCUCCACGCUACAGUGGUCCAGGACUUGGGGCUCCAUGAUGGCAUUCAAAGAGUUCUCUUUGGAAACAAUCUCAACUAUUGGCUUCACAAGCUGGUGUUUGUAGACUCCAUUGCCUACCUGACAGGAAAGAGACUGUGUUUGUCCUUGGACCGCCACAUCCUGGUAGAUGUGGAUGAUAUAUUUGUGGGCAAGGAGGGAACCCGUAUGAAGGUGUCAGACGUGGAGGCGUUACUCAACACUCAAAACAAGCUAAGAGUACUGGUCCCGAAUUUCACCUUCAAUUUGGGAUUUUCUGGAAAGUUCUAUCACACAGGUACUGAUGAAGAGGAUCGGGGAGAUGAUACGCUGCUGCAACACAGGAUGGACUUCUGGUGGUUUCCUCACAUGUGGAGUCACAUGCAGCCUCACCUUUUUCACAACGUCAGCGUGUUGGCUGAACAGAUGAGGCUCAACAAGCUUUUCGCUCAGGAGCACGGCAUUCCAACAGAUAUGGGCUAUGCAGUGGCUCCGCACCACUCUGGUGUUUACCCAGUUCAUAGCCAGCUCUAUGAGGCCUGGAAGUCUGUGUGGGGCAUCAAGGUGACCAGCACUGAGGAAUACCCUCAUCUGAGGCCAGCUAGAUACCGUCGUGGCUUCAUCCACAAUGGGAUCCAGGUGUUGCCUCGGCAGACCUGUGGUCUGUUCACCCAUACCAUCUUCUAUAAUGAAUACCCGGGAGGCUCCAAGGAGCUGGACAAGAGCAUCAGAGGAGGAGAACUAUUCCUCACUGUCCUCCUGAACCCUAUCAGUAUCUUCAUGACACACCUGUCUAACUAUGGCAAUGAUCGGCUGGGUCUGUACACCUUUGAGUCUUUGGUGAAGUUCGUCCAGUGUUGGACCAACCUUAAGCUGCAGACGUUGCCCCCUGUCCGGCUUGCUGAGAAAUACUUUCAGAUCUUCCCUGAGGAGAGAGACCCACUCUGGCAGAACCCUUGUCAUGACAAGAGACACAAAGAUAUCUGGUCUAAAGAAAAGACCUGUGACCGACUCCCCAAGUUCCUCGUCAUUGGACCACAGAAAACAGGCACUACAGCACUUCAUUCAUUCCUGAGCCUCCAUCCAGCAAUCACCAGUUCCUUCCCCAGUCCCACCACCUUUGAGGAGAUCCAGUUCUUCAGUGGAGCAAACUAUGACAACGGGAUUGACUGGUAUAUGGACUUCUUCCCAUUCCCUUCCAAUGUCAGCACAGAUUUCAUGUUUGAAAAAAGUGCCAACUACUUUGACACAGAGGUGGCACCUAAAAGAGCUGCUGCUCUGCUUCCCCGAGCCAAAAUCCUGGCAGUGCUCAUCAACCCGUCUGACAGGGCUUACUCCUGGUACCAGCAUCAGAGAGCCCACCAGGACCCUGCAGCCCUCAACAACACUUUCCAUGCAGUGGUAACAGCUGGCCCCACUGCCCCCAAGGAGCUGCUUGCCCUUCAGAGACGCUGCCUUAAUCCUGGGGCUUAUGCUCUUCACCUGGAGCGCUGGCUGCAACACUACCAGCCCAGCCAGUUGCACAUUGUUGACGGGGCCCUGCUGCGAACCAACCCUGCACUGGUGAUGGAGGGAAUCCAGAGAUUUCUCGGUGUCACUCCCAUCUUCAACUAUACCCAGGCUCUAAUGUACGAUGACAGCAAAGGUUUCUGGUGUCACAGAGUGGAAGGAGGUAGAGCCAAAUGUCUGGGGAAGAGUAAAGGCAGGAAGUACCCAGAGAUGAGUCCUGAGUCGCGUGCCUUUCUGGCUGAGUACUACCGUGAGCACAGCAUGGACCUGCUGCGUCUGCUGAAUCGGUUGGCCCAACCACUGCCGUCCUGGCUCCGCCAAGAACUCCAGAGCACAAGCUGGAGCUGAGGCCACAAGCUCACACACACACACACACACACACACACACACACACCACAGAAAACCAAGACUGGAAUCUGUGGAUGAGCCAACACUUGGCUCUGGAUUAGACUGGACUACCUGUUCUGGAAUCAACAGUAGCAUACAUUAAAAGAGCUACAAGGUUUUAGCUGAUGUUACUGGUGCUCCUGUUCCAUGGAAAAAAAGAAGACAGUACAACAUGAGAUCUUUCUUACAGAAGGAUCCUAGGGGACUCUCCCUCCUACUCCUGAUUUGGUGUCAACCUCCCUUGAGCACUGGGCAGCCCUCAGCUUCAGUCAGUGUGCGUUGAUCAGGGGCUGACACUGUAACAUAUCAGUUUGCUGUGGAUCCAGAGGACUGGGUGACCAGCAGGUUUGGGGCAUAAAGACCAGGUCAGACAGCCUUAAUGAGGGGAGAUGUGGAGUGUAUGACUGGAUGUAGGACAAGCAUGCCCAAACACACACACACACACGUCUCAUCUCUCCACGAGAAUGAUUGAUUGUAAAGCCUUUUCAAAAGCAGUUGUAUAUGUUAGGUUUGAGGGCAGCUGGGUAACAGAAUGGCCAUCAGCCUGAAGAAGACAGACAGUCGAAAUGCUGGCCGAGGUUUCUCUGUCUCGCGCACGCACGCGCGCACACACACACACACACACACACACACACACACACACACACACACACACACAUACAUACAUACAUAUAUCCCCCUACCUGCAGGUUCAGCAUUCAGAGUGCUGCAUUUCCUCUUAUCCUCACAGUUUUCCUGUCUGAUUACUGUAAGGAAAAACAUUUCGCAAGGGACUAUGAUGACAUGUCAAUGUAAAUAUCAUGUGUUUAGAUUUCGUACUUUGACUAAAGCCCAGGUGUGGUUUAGGCUCUGCCUCAGACUGACAUCCUGUCAGUGAGCAGCUUUAUUAUACUUUGUGUAUUCACCAAGUCAAAAAUGGUUUUUGAAUUAUGAGACUGUUCUCCACAUUGGCUAAGGUCUCCCUCCAGUCUGCAAGUUUUGUUAAAUAUAAUAGCUUUUAACCUACAAAGCAGUGUUUUUAAAAAAAAAUACCAUAAAUGUUUCGACAAAUCAAAGGAAACACACAACAUACAGCGAAUGAUAUUCCUGGAAAAAAAUUGAAAUUAGAAAAACUGUUUUCCAGGCCUGAGUGGAAUGAACCCAGUGUUUU